AUGUAUCCCCGGUCUUGUGAUACGUUCGUUGUCUUGUCGCCGUUGACAAAGGGGAAUGUUGUUAUAUUUGGCAAGAAUUCUGAUCGACCGCAGAGCGAAGUGCAAGAAGUGAUUUUGGUGAAAGACCGAGUUCGUGAACCAAUAUUGAAGUGUACAUAUAUCAGUAUAGAUGAAAGUGUCAACCCUAUUAACAAUGUGAUACUAAGUAAGCCAGCUUGGAUGUGGGGUGCAGAAAUGGGUGCCAACGAUAAAAAUGUGGUCAUAGGUAACGAGGCAGUCUGGACGAAUAAUAAUGAAGGUGAAGGAGAUGCAAGACAGAAGAGGCUGUUAGGAAUGGACUUAGUGCGACUAGGGUUAGAGAGGGGGAACUCAGCGGAAGAAGCAUUAGAUAUCAUCACAGAUCUACUGGAAAAGUAUGGCCAGGGUGGACCAUGCUCAGAAUUUGAUGACAGCCAUUUCUACCACAACUCUUUUCUCAUUGCUGACUCAAAAGAGGCCUGGGUACUUGAGACAAGUGGAAAACUAUGGGCUGCCGAAAGAAUUGCUAAUGGCUUCAGGAAUAUAUCAAACGGUCUGACCAUUAGGACAAAGAUUGAUAAGCACUCGGAGAAUCUAUUUGAAAUUGCUGAAAAGAUGAGCUACUGGGAUGGAAAGGGUAAGUUUGAUUUCACCUCCUCCUUCUCUUCGGGGGGUGAUGAGCAGAGGCAGGCGGCCGGCGAAAAACUCCUGUCUCAGUUAACUGCGAACAACUCCUUCGAGGUCAAGGAUAUGUUCACUAUCUUGCGGCAUAAAGAGAGUUGCAUAUGCCGUGGAGUCGAGGACACUUUCCCCACUCAAGGCAGCCAGGUUUCAUCGUUGUCCAGCGGCGGUGUAAACGUUCAUUGGUUCACAGCCACGCCCGAUCCCAGUGUGUCGUAUUUCAAGCCGUUUGUAUUCACCGAAAAUGCUGUGGCAUCUCCCUACACAGUCAGCCCUAAAGAGCCGAAGAGAGAACAUCAACUCUACUCUCUCCACUCGAAAUAUGUCCUGAGAUCCAACAACCAAAAGAUAACCAAAGUUCUACAAGAUGUAGAAGAAGAAUGUCUCAAUCAAAUCUCAACCUUCCUUCAAGACGGAAAAGAUUCAAAAUCUCUUAAAAACAUCGAUGAGUUAUUUAAGACAUGCGUGGAAAUGGAAGUGAAAUUGUACGGUUAG